AUGUGGUGGAAAAAUUACUAUCUGCAUCUGGCACUUUUAGUUAUAGGUGCAACCCUUGGGGAAUCCUAUGAACUCUAUAAAGAUUAUAAAAUUUACAAUGUUUAUGCCGAAAAUGAAAAUCAAUUGCACAACCUUUACAAACUGAGUAAGGCGAAUAGAAAAUAUGAUUUCCUCAAUCUAGCACGACGUCCUGAGGAUAUUACGAAAAUUCUAAUACCACCCCAAUUAAAUGACAUGUUGAAAAUGGCCUUGGAAGGAUUGCAGUUAAAUUUCACAUUGGCUCAUGAUGAUGUUUCCCAGCUGAUACUGAAAGAGCGCCAGGAACAUUUACGUAACACCCCUCCCGAAUAUCCUUUAAAAGUAUUCGAACGUUAUUAUCGCCACGAUGAAAUCAAUACCCAUAUGGAAGUAUUAGCCCAACUAUAUCCCUCUCGUGUGUAUGUGAAAACCUUUGGCUGGUCCUACGAAAGACGUCCGCUGAAAGUGAUUACCAUUACCAAUGGCGAUAAACGCAACGAUAAGAAGGUGAUAUUUGUUGAUGCCGCCAUGCAUGCCCGCGAAUGGAUAACACCCGCCAUGGCCUUGCAUAUUAUGAGUGAACUGAUAGAGAAUUACGAAAAUAAUAAACAUUUACUGGAGGAAUACGAUUGGGUUAUUCUACCCGUUGUCAAUGCGGAUGGCUAUGAGUAUACGCACGAAGAGUAUCGUUAUUGGCGUAAAACUCGAAAACCCAAUUAUGUGGUGAAUGAAGAUGGCGAAGAAUGCUUUGGCACAGAUCCCAAUCGUAAUUUUGGUCAUUAUUGGGAUUUUGAAGAAGGUGCCUCCUCUGACCCGUGUGAUGAACUCUAUCGAGGAGAGAAGGCUUUUUCGGAACCCGAAACCCAAGUGGUGCGUGAUAUAAUGCGUACCUAUCGUGGACGUUUGAUGUGGUAUUUGACUCUGCACUCUUAUGGUAAUUAUAUUCUAUUGCCAUGGGGUCACACCAAUGAAUUACCCGAAAACUUUUACGAAAUGAUGGAUGUUGCAGAUGCGGGUGCCAUGGCCAUUGUCUUGACCACCGGUACCAGUUACACUUAUGGUAAUACCUAUAAAGUUAUUUACCCCACAUCGGGUGAUUCAAGUGAUUAUGCUCUGGCCGCUAUUAAUGUCCCAGUCAGUUUGUGUAUUGAAAUGCCGGCUGGCGGUUUCUCGGGAUUUGAUCCACCACCAAGACAGAUUGAAGGAUUUGUAACUGAAACAUGGAUUGGGGUGCGCGCCAUGGCCGAAACUGUGAUUGAGAAAUAUUGA